CGGAAAUGUCCGGUAUUUGGGAGCAGCAUAAAAUAUAAAUCCUUCCCUUUGUCAAAACAACAAACGCAAAAUGGCAACUAGUCCACCUUUGCCGAGCCCAAAACCGGGCACAGCGAGUCCUAACGACUCUCUGCGGAGGGAUGCAUCGAAGAAAGAGGGAGUUAAGGGGUGGAUGGGUACCUUGACACGCCGAAAGAAGACAGAUGAAGGUAAUAUGGGGGCAAUUUUGGAUGUGUAGUGUGCACUGUUACCCCAUUGGGCUGUUUACAGUAUAAUUGACUUAAUUUGCCUAUUACUGUUUAUAAUAUACACUAACUUAUAGACGCUUUUCAGCCAAACUAGAAACAGCUAUACUUUGUUUUAUAUACUCAUGUCACUCCUUAUAAUAUAUUUAAAAUCUAAUCACAGAUUUUUCUCAUUUCUCCCGUAGUAGUAAAUUCUAAAAUGUUGUUUACAAAUACUGUAGAAUUUCUUUGUUUAUAUGUGAUGUUGGUUCAUUUUCAAAACAAAGCGAUCCUAUGUGGUUCAAUAUACAUAUACAUAUGAUUGUUUAACUAUGUUGUUCUUCAUCUUUUGUAUAUACAUUUAGACUUUUUCAAAUUUUCUGUUAAUUUUAUAUAGAACAUUUGACAUACUCGAGUUAAAUUGACCAAUUAAUGACUAACUAUACAUGAUCUUAAAUAUGAUAGCGAGUAUGGGAGUCUGAUAUUACAGUAGAUUUAUUCCAAAAUCUCUUCACAUAUGCCUGCGGUAUUCCUGAGCUAUCGUUGUUUAUAGUAACUUGACGCAUACAUUCUUUUGUGAAUUGUUUGGUUGAACUACUAAUGACAAUGGCCGGCCGACAUACCACAGGUGUAUGUGAAGGUCAUCAUCUGCCUAUACUAUCCAGGCUCGUGGUUGGUUGAUUAUAACAAUGAAAGACAAUAAAACUAUAGAAAUUGUCUUUCUAAAGAACGAAUCAUGAACAAUGAUCAUUUUUGUUUCUGAAAGCCGAUCACAAAACACGAUCAUUUUAGGUAGGUCUUUACCCAUAUGUGAACCAAGCUUUAACCAUGACAAAAUAUACAGGUUUCACAAGGUAUUAUCUUGAAUGGUCUGUGUAAAUAAUAAUAAAAUUUUGAUUGGUUGGUUGCAACUGCCUCGUCACUCAAAACGUAGAAGUUAUCCACAUAUUUUUCAGGUACUUGCAUCCCUAUUAAGCGAAGUUUCACAAAUUAUGCUGGUCAACAAGCAGUUAUUCUGAAGCAGCCAUCUUGUUUUAACCCAUUGAGUUGCAUUGCCCCCUGAUGCACCCUACUUUAGUAUUUUACUCUGUCUAAUGCCAGACGAUUUUAUUCGUCAAGGGGAGAGCGCUGGUGCUUAAUGGUUAACUGACCUAUCUGCCCAUGUGUCUAGUUAACCCAUUGAGUUGCAUUGCACCCUGAUGCACCCUACUUUAGUAUUUUACUCUGUCUAACGGCAGACGAUUUUACUCGUCAAGGGGAGAGCGCUGGCGCUUAAUGGGUUAAGCCGGCGAACAGUGAAUUUAGCGCUAGGAAGACAUUUAAACAGCCAUGGCUGUACUUGCGUUCAUGACAAGCUGAAAUUUUUAGCCCAUCUGUUGCACUCGAACAAUAAACCAAAUAGACAAAGCUUGCAAGCCUUUGCCCACCACUCAACUCACAGCACCCUCGAAGCUUCGACCUUCCAUUCUUUGCAUACUCGCUUCGCUCAUCAAUCGCAAAGCAAAACAGUAUUGGCCAUACCCAAAUGACUAUUUAAUUUAGCUAGGACUACAAACAGAUACCUGAAGUGUUGCUGAAGUGCCAACAUUUUUUGUUCAUCGAUUAAACAAUUUUUUUGUCUUGUAGUGAAUGCACUGGAAACGGAAGGGAAGAAUGCAAUUGACACGCCAUUGUCACCUGCAAUUAUCAUACCAAACAGUUUCAAACUAGGUAACUUCAACUGAGUUAUAUAAAAAUAUUUCAAUUUGUGAGGAAAGCAUCUUAUAACCGUUUCGAUAUAACCUUGCAGAGGAGACGGAAGAAAGGACGAUGGUUGAACCUGCUUCGUUAGAAGAUCCAAAAGUUCAUGAACUAAUGAAUGUGAGUUUUGGUAGACACUAGAACUUGUGGUAGGGAUGUUAGUGGUGAUAAUAAUGGUAGUGAUGAUAAUGAUGAUGAUAGUGAUCUGAUAAUGAUGGUUAUAAUUAUGGUAAUGGUGAUGAUGAUAUGUGAUCUGAUGGUGAUAAUGAUGGUAGUGGUGAUAAUAUGAUGAUAGUGAUGAUAAUGAGUGGUGAUGAUAAUGAUGAUAAUGAUGGUAGUGGUGAUAAUGAUAUGGUGAUAGUGAUGAUAAUGAUGGUAGUGAUGACAAUGAUGGUCAUGAUGAUGGUAGUAGUGAUGAUGAUAGUGGUGAUUUAAUCACCACUAUCAUCAUCACUACUACCAUCAUCAUGACCAUCAUUAUCAUCACUACCAUCAUUAUCAUCACUAUCACCAUCAUAAUCAGAUUAUGAUGGUGAUAGUGAUGAUAAUGAUGGUAGUGAUGAUAAUGAUGGUAGUGAUGAUGAUGGUAGUGGUGAUGAUGAUAGUAAUGAUAAUGAUGGUGAUAGUGAUGAUAAUGAAUUAAUGAUGGUAGUGAUGAUAAUGAUAGUAGUGAUGAUGGUGAUAGUGAUGAUGAUGGUGAUAGUGAUGAUAUUAAUGGUAGUGAUGAUAAUGAUGAUAGUAAUGAUGAUGGUAAUGAUGAUGGCAGUGGUGAUUAUGAUUAUGGUAGUGAUAGUAAUAAUGAUGAUGAUGAUAAAUGAUGGUGAUAGGCAUCAAGUUUAAAACUGUUUCUCGUAAUCUUUACAGAAUUUACUAGAAUGGAUCAAUAGCGAACUAGCUGAGAAAAGAAUUGUUGUACGAGAUCUUGAGGAAGAUUUAUAUGAUGGACAGAUCUUGUCCAUUUUAAUGGGUAAAAUUUUAUUUAAAAUAUCAAAUGGAUUUUCAGAUUAAUGUAUUACAAUGCCUCAAGUGUCCUUGUCUUAAAUUUUAUUUGUUUUUUUAAAGAAAAAUUAGCAAAAAUAAAGUUUGAAUUCUCAGAGGUGACACAAUCAGUAGGGGGGCAGGUAAGCUAUGAUGAUCAAUUGUAAGAUGAUUGAAUUGGGUUGCUCCAGUGAGUGCAACAUAGUUAAACCUUACCUCAACUUGUAAUUUCAGAUUGAAAAACUUGAGAUAAUUCUAAACAAAGUGGAACAACUUGUAAGAAUUGAUAAGAGUGAAGUACAAUGGACAGCAACAAGUAUGAUGCUCAUUUGAUGAUUGAUAAAACUAAAAACUUUAUUAUAAAUCAAAUCAAAUCAAAUCACUUUAUUCACACUAUUUAAUAUAUAUACAUUAUUAACUAUAAGUAAUUCAUUUUUUUGAGUAUAUAGAAGAAAAACAUAAAAUGAACGAAAAUAUUUCAAACAUGCACGACGGUUAAAAGAGCAUCAGCUUUCGAGUUAACCAUCGUCUACGUAUAAAUAAAUAGCUAAGCGGUUGAGCUAAUUAUUGAAUUACAUAAUUCUAGUGGUAUGCAAUAUAAUUUGUUUAUUAAUGGAUUGCUUUAUGUUUAUUAUUCUAUAGAAAUCCACAAUAAAGACAUUGUUUCAAUUCUUCACUUGCUGGUUGCAUUAAAAGAACAUUUUUCACCAAAUGAUCCGAUCACACCUGGAGUUUAUAUGAGAAUUGUUGUUGUACAGGUAUUAAAACAAUUCUUUGCAAGAUACUGAUAGGAAGCAAAGAUUAAAACUUGACCUUUUAUUUUAGAAACAAGAAGGAUUAUUGAACAGUAAAAGAGUAAAUGUACAAAUCACCAAAGAUACGGAAGAAGUUGAGUGAGUAUUGAAACAAAAUAUUACACCUUCAAGCACUAAGGGUUUUUCAGGAUCAAUAAGAGACAACCAUUAUCAACAGCUUAAUUAAAACUGACAGUCUAAGAGCUUGUUUAUUUUGCAUUGUGUUGAAUGUAACAUGGUUGAUUUUCCCCCUCAUAGAUUGGAGAAACAGCGUCGAAGAGGUGAACACGAUUUAAACUUUUUUAUAGCUACUUUUCGAACUACAACCAAAUAUUUCCUAGACAGUUUUGACUUGUGAAUUUCUAUUUAGAACGAGAUGCUUUUGAUGCACUGUUUGAAAAUGCUCCAGAAAAAUUAAAUGUAGUCAAAAAGGUAAUUUUUCUACAGAAUGAAAAUGUUUAAAAGUGUUUCUUACCAUUGCCGACUGUUCUGUUUUUCUUCUGUCUAGUCUUUACAGAAUUUUGUAAAUCGGCAUCUUACCAAACUCAAUCUGGAAGUCAAUGAUAUUGAUACACAGGUAUAUGUGGUGGUAAUGAUGGUUGUACUAAUGAUGGUGAUGAUCAUGAUGGUGGUGAUAGUGAUGAUGGUGAUGACGAUGGUGAUGAUGAUGGUAAUUUUGGGUAAUGAUGAUGGUAAUUUUGGGUAAUGAUGAUGGUAAUUUUGGGUAAUGAUGAUGGUAAUUUUGGGUAAUGAUGAUGGUAAUUUUGGGUGAUGAUGAUGGUAUUGGUAGUUAUAAAUGCAAAGUAUUCUUAAGGUGCUGUUACACUAAGCAACUUUGUUUCAGAACAUUGCAAAGGAUGUUACACCAAGCAAUAUGUUCCAUGCAACCUGCAAUGAUCAUUAUUAAAAAUAGUAUGAAAACUGUGAGUGCUAACGUUUGGCACCAUAACAACAGUCUAAAGCCAAUAUAGGAAGCCAUUCAGUGUAGAAACAUUGCGAGACUAGUUACAAGAGCGACUAGUUACAUUGUGCAAUGCGACUAGUUACACUGUGCAGAAAGUAGAACCUGGUUCUACUUCGUGCAAUGGUUGUUGCAACAAAAAUAUUGCGAGACUUGUUGAUUGUGAGGCAUGAUACACACCAGCUUGCAAUUUCGCGUGCAACUUCUGUCGCAACAAAAUUGCAUAAUGUAACAGCGUCCUUAAUCUCUUCUAGUUCCAUGAUGGUGUUCAUCUCAUCUUCCUUAUCGGUCUGCUGGAAGGAUAUUUUGUUCCACUGUACAGGUUUAAAGUUACACCUUCUGGAUUUGAACAGAAGGUCUGUAAUAUUUUUAACUUCUCUGCAAGUCUUUUGAAAUGCGUGGAUGUGGUGCUUGCUUUAGAUUGUGUUAUACAAAUGUGAACGUGACUUUAUUCAAUGUUUUCUUAGGUCAAGAACGUGGCAUUUGCCUUCGAGUUGAUGGAUGAUUCAUCUGUUCCGUAUCCAAGAUGUACACCAGAAGGUACAGCGAACGUUUAACUACCAGAGAUUUGACGAUGACCAUGUUUGAGAUCAUUUUUAGAUGGUUCAUAAACAAUCACAGCAGCUUAUUGUAUAAUACUAACUACCUACAAUACCGCUCGUAAGCUCACUCACACUCAAUGAGUGGAAGUUUAAUCUGAGCUUCUCUCGAGUAUCAAUGCUGUUUUUGAAUAGCUAGAGGGUUAGUGUCGUACUUUACCAUAUGACUACUCACCCUCCAGCUAUCAAAAACAGCAUUGACACUCGAGAGAAGCUCAGAUUGAACCUCAAUUCAUUGAGUGUGAGUGAGCUUUUAGAAUACAGGCAUACACCUUUGAGAUACUACCUACUAUGAUAAGAUCAAUUCCGAAGUACCACACAUCCAAAUGGCUGUUAACUCCAAACUGGCAACUACUAUAUAAUUCAUUUCUAUAUGAUCUGUUUGUUUGUUUUUCAGACAUCGUAACAAAAGAUCUGAAGUCGACCUUACGAAUUCUAUACGCUUUAUUUCAAAAGUAUAAGAAUAGUAAAUAAUUUUAACAAGAAAACAUUGAAUGAGAACAAUUAGUAUAAAUAUAUAAUGUACAAG